AUGGCGCUGCUGCCCGCGCUGCUGCUGCUGCUGCUCCUGCCCCUGGCGGCGCUGGCGGCGGCCGCCGUGCUGCUCGGCCUGCCCAGCUACGACAUCCCGCCCGGGGUGAACCAGCCGGCCAAGCUGCGCCUGGUGCUCACCGUCCUGCUGGGCACCGCCGCCCUGGGAAGGAUUUUGGAGAAGACUGGGCUUUGCAGCCAAAUCACCUUUGGCCGAUAUGUGCGACAGGGACGGAAACUGGGGCUGGAUCCAAAGCUCUUCAUCCAGGAUCUGCAGUUUAAUGAAGUUCCUGUGAGGGUUUAUCAGCCUAAAUCUACCUCUGAUGGGCGAAGGAGAGGCAUCCUCUUUUUUCAUGGAGGAGGCUGGGUAUUUGGAAGCCUUGAUACCUAUGAAAAGGUGUGUCGCUACCUCUCCAGGGAGAGUGACUCGGUGGUUGUGUCUGUGCAGUACCGCCUGGCCCCUGAACACAAAUACCCCGCUGCGUACGACGACUGUCUGAACGCCACCCAGCACUUCCUGCACCACCUGGAGCACUACGGCGUGGACCCUGCCCGUGUCACGGUCUGUGGGGACAGUGCUGGGGGCAACCUGGCAGCUGCUGUGAGCCAGACCCUUGUAGGCAGGUCAGACUUCCCCAAACUGCGUGCUCAGAUCCUGCUCUACCCAGGCCUUCAGGCCCUGGACUUCAAUUUACCCUCUUACCAUCAAAACCGAGGAGUCCCCUUGUUAUUCCGAGAACGUGCUGCUUUCUUUGCUUUGCUGUACCUCAAUGGGGACGCACUGCACAUGCAAGAGGUCUUGGAGGGCUCUCACAUUCCUCCAGACAUGAGGCUGAAGUACACCAAGUGGGUGAGUCCGGACAACAUCCCCGAGAAAUUCAAGGUCAGAGGUGUGAGACCACUGAGGCCCACCGAUUUCAUAGCUGAAGUUUACGAGACGGUGAAGAGAUUCUGUGAGCCCAACCUGUGCCCUCUGCUGGCUGAAGACUCUGUUGUUCAGCAGCUGCCAGAGUCUUUCAUCCUGACCUGCGAGUACGACGUGCUGCGGGACGACGGCUUGUUGUACAAGAAGAGGCUGGAGGACAACGGCGUUCGGGUGACCUGGUACCACCUCGAGGAUGGGUUCCAUGGGAUCAUAAGCCUCUAUGAUUACUGUGGUUUCUCAUUUCCAUCCGGGAAGAGGGGACUGGACAGCGUUGUUAACUUCCUGAAAAGCUUAUAGUUAACAUCUUAGAUUCCACGAGUCUGUUCACGCCUCGACCUAGGAAAAUAUCUUUUUAGGGUAUUUAAUAUCAGGUGAUGGGUAGUCAGUCAAGGGCAGCCAUUAAGAAUGAUAAACAAAGCUCAUCAGAACCUCAUUCCAGCUGUUAGUUGGAACAUGGAAUAUGCAAACCUUAUACAAGCCUGUACCAUGCUGCAAGCCCUUAUCUUUAGCUCUGUCAGUAAAGGAGAAUGGCACUUUGAAUGGACAUCCUGGGCUGUACCAGCUGUUUAAAAUAAAAUGUGCGUGUAUGAAGAGAAA